AUGCCCAGCUCACUGUUCGCCGACAUGGAGAGGACCGGCACCGGGGGAGGAGGAGGGGAGACCUUGGACGACCAGAGAGCCCUACAGAUCGCCCUGGACCAGCUCUCCCUACUCGGGCUGGACAACGACGAGAACUCCGUGUACGACAACGAGCCCCGGAAGAAGAGCGUCAACAUGACCGAGUGUGUGCCGGUACCCAGCUCCGAGCAUGUGGCUGAGAUCGUGGGGAGGCAAGGUUGUAAAAUCAAAGCUCUGCGGGCGAAGACCAACACCUACAUCAAGACCCCGGUCCGCGGGGAGGAGCCUGUCUUUGUUGUGACUGGGAGAAAGGAGGAUGUAGCCAUGGCCAGGAGAGAGAUCAUCUCAGCAGCAGAGCACUUUUCAAUGAUCCGAGCCUCUCGCAAUAAGAAUGCAUUGAAUGGGGGGUCAGUGCCUGGACCUCCAAACCUUCCUGGGCAGACCACCAUUCAGGUUCGGGUUCCUUACAGAGUGGUGGGUCUGGUAGUAGGACCUAAAGGGGCUACCAUUAAAAGGAUCCAGCAGCAGACCCACACGUAUAUUGUCACCCCCAGCAGGGAUAAAGAGCCGGUUGUUUGAGGUCACCGGCAUGCCGGAGAAUGUCGAUCGCGCCCGGGAGGAGAUCGAGGCGCACAUCGCUGUACGUACUGGAGGGCUCAUAGAGCUGACCGACGAGAAUGACUUUCACGCGAAUGGGACUGACGUUGGCUUUGAUUUACAUGGCACAGGGAGCCUAUGGAGCAAGCCUACCCCGGGCAUUAACUCCAGCACGGGGUCACGCAAGGCUUUCUCCAAUUAC